AUGGAUGAGAGCAGAGGGCGACACCCCCGCCCGCCUCCCCUCCCCUCCUCCCCUCCCUCCCCUCGGCGGCCCGGCCCGGCCCCCCCGCGGCGGGGCGGGCGGGCGGCUCCGAGCGCGCCUCUCCACUCCGCCGCGCCGAGACAGCGAGCGGGCGGCAGCUCUCGCCGGGCGCCGGAGCCCACGGGAGCCGGAGGGCGCGGGCCGGGGCCGGGGCCGGGGCCGGGGCCGGGGCCGCGGCGGCGGCGGCGGCGGCGGGGCCCGGCGGCGGCGGGAUCGCGGCGAGUUGGCGGCGGCCCGAGCUCGCCGGAAAGUUGGUGCCGGCUGAGCCGGAGGCGCCCGCUCGCCAUGCAGAGACCCGGCGGCCAGGGGACCGCCUUCUCCAUCGACUCGCUCAUCGGGACGCCGCCGCCGCGCUCCGGGCACCUGCUCUACACCGGGUACCCCAUGUUCAUGCCGUACCGGCCGCUGGUGCUCCCGCAGGCGCUGUCCCACGCCCCGCUGCAGUCGGGGCUGCCGCCGCUGGCCCCGCUCGCUUCCUUCGCCGGCCGCCUCACCAACACCUUCUGCGCCAGCCUGGGCCAGGCCGUGCCCUCCAUGGUGGCGCUCACCACCGCCCUGCCCAGUUUCUCCGAGCCCCCCGACGGCUUCUACCCCCCGCAGGAGCUGCCCCCGCCGCGCGCCGCCCCCGACGCGGGCUGCCGGCGCGGCGCCGACGGGCUGGAGGCGGAGGAGCUGCCCCCGGGCCGCGACAAGGGCCCGCCCGAGCCGCCGCUGCACUUCCCGGAGCCCUUCCCCGGCCUGGCAGACGGCAAGGCGUACAGCUCCGACGAGGAGAAGCUGGAGGUGAAGUCGGCGGCGACGCCGUGCAGCGAGCGGGAGGAGGAGAGCUCGGCGGGCGAGAGCGAGGAGGAGCCCUUCCUGGACGGGGCUGCCGCCGGCGCCGCGCUGGGAGCCAAGGGCAAGGGCAAGGGCGGCCCCGCCGCCGAGCAGCCCCCGCCGGGCUCCGGGGCCGGGAAGAGCCGCCGGCGCCGCACGGCCUUCACCAGCGAGCAGCUGCUGGAGCUGGAGAAGGAGUUCCACUGCAAGAAGUACCUGAGCCUGACGGAGCGCUCGCAGAUCGCGCACGCCCUGAAGCUGAGCGAGGUGCAGGUGAAGAUCUGGUUCCAGAACCGCCGCGCCAAGUGGAAACGCAUCAAGGCUGGCAAUGUCAGCAACCGCUCCGGAGAGCCCGUCCGCAACCCCAAGAUCGUGGUGCCCAUCCCGGUGCACGUCAAUCGCUUCGCCGUGCGCAGCCAGCACCAGCAGAUCGAGCAGGGCGCCCGGCCCUGAGCCCGGCCGGCUCCCGGACCCUGGGGCGGGCGGCGGCGGCGCUCCACCUCUGUGUACAUGUCCCUUAUUUAUUCCGUGUAAACUCUGUACAUACGGCAGCGUGUCCUUCUGUCCGUGCCACGGGGAGCAC